AUGCCAAUCAACCAACCUUCUGGUCAAAUCAAAUUAACUAAUGUUUCUUUAGUUAGAUUAAGAAAAAAUAAAAAAAGAUUUGAAAUUGCUUGUUAUCAAAAUAAAGUUCAAGACUAUCGUAAAGGGAUUGAGAAAGAUAUCGAUGAAGUAUUACAAAUUCAUCAAGUAUUUUUGAAUGUAUCCAAAGGUCAAGCUGCACCAAAAGACGAUUUACUAAAAUGUUUUAACACUGCUGAUAUGGAUGAGAUAAUUAUGGAAAUUCUGAAAAAGGGUGAAAUUCAAUUAUCUGAAAAAGAAAGACAAUUAAUGCUAACUAAAAUUAAUAAUGAAAUGCUAACAAUAAUUAGUGCUAAAUGUAUAAAUCCUAAUUCUAAAAAAAGAUAUCCACCAACUAUGAUUCAUAAAGCAUUAAUGCAAUUAAAAUUCUCUCCAGUGGUUAAUAAACCUGCAAAAUUGCAAGCAUUAGAAGCAAUUAAAUUAUUAAUUAAUAAACAAGUUAUCCCAAUUGUUAGGGCUAAAAUGAGAAUCAAGGUUGUAAAUAAUAAUAGCCAGCUAAGUGGAGAUGAUAUCUCUAAGCUUGAAAAUUUGUUUUUGACUAAAAAUAUUACAGAAGAUCCAGCAUGGGUGUGUACUGGUUUAGUAGAUCCAGUUAGUUAUAGAGAUUUAGUUACAUUAUGUGAAGGUAAAUCUAUCCUACAAGUAUUGGAUAUGGCUGUUAUUGAUGAUAGUGAUGAUAAAAAUUGA